AUGAUUAGAUUGAUACGACAAAGACAAUUGAUACUACCAUCUAGAUUAAUAGUAAGAUACAGUUCAAGUAGUUCAUUAAAAUCAACUGAUUCUCAAAUUACGACUGAUGAAAUUUUAUCUGAAAAUAAUCCAUGGUCUCCCUCUUUAGAAGAUGAUCCAGUUUAUAUUUAUGAACCAAAUAAUAUAAGAAGAACCAAAUUGCCAGAUAAUUAUAGAUUAUCAUAUAAUGAACUAUAUGAGUCACCAUCUUAUAAACAUGUGUCUAUUAUGAAGAGAUUUACAUUAAGUUUUUCAGUUAUUGGGUUAUACGGGGGUAAAUUAUUAUAUGAAUCACCACAAUUUGAUAAUUUAUAUUCUUAUUUAAUGGUUAUUGGUACUUUAUUACCUGCUGUUUUAGUACAAUAUAAAUCAAGAGAUUAUGUUACAAGAAUAUUUAGAUUAUAUGAUAAAUCUAAACCACAAACUUAUGAAAAUUUAGUCAAUGAUGAACAAUUGAUAAUUGAAAAAUUGAGUUUCUGGGGUUCAAAGACAUAUAACGAAUUAUUAAAAUUAACAGACAAUAAAAAUAUAAAGAUUGAUAAUGAUAAUAAGUGGUAUAAACCUUAUUCUACAUGGAUUGAAAAAACUCCAAAGUGGGCGAGAAAAUUCUAUGUUGUUGAUAAUAUUGGUGGGAUGAAAAUGGAUAGAGUUUGGGGCUUAAUAGAGAAGGAUAGUGGAAUAAAUAAUGGUAGAUAG